AUGGUUCGCAACACUACUUUUGGAUCUAAUCAAGUUUUUGACGCUAAAAAGAGUACAAAAUCAAGAAUUGAGCUUCAUCUUCAUUUGGAAGGUUCCAUUAGAGUACAAACACUCUACGACUUGGCUAGAGCCAAAAAUUACAAACUAACAGAAAACAAUACUUUGGAAGAAAUCAAAGAAGCGGUCACAGUCGACCAUCCUGUUGAUUUGGGAUAUUUUCUCUCCAAGAUCGACCGCAACAUUCCUCUGUUUGUGGGAGACCUUCAAGCCAUCGAGCGCAUUUCCUAUGAGCUCUGUGAAGACGAAGCAGCUGAGAAUGUACUCUAUUUUGAGACCCGCUUCUCACCGCAUUUCCUCUGCAACACCAGGAAACAUCCCUUUCAAGCGGAUCCGCUUUCUAAUGACAGCCCAACAGCGGUCACACCUGAAGACGUCGUCCGAGCGGUCAGUCGAGGUUUGAAGCGAGGUGAAACAGACUUCUCCAUCAAGGCUCGCAUGAUUCUCUGCACCAUAAAGGGCCAUAGUGGCUGGAGCAGUGAUGUGGUGCGAAUGGCCACUGAGAUGAAGGCCGAGGGCGUGGUGGCCAUUGACAUUGCUGGCGAUGAGAGCGUCUACUCGGACGAAGAGCGGGCCGCCUUUGAAACUGCCUUCAGUCGGGGCAUUCACCGCACCAUCCACGCCGGGGAGCAGGGCCCGCCGACGAAUGUGGCCUACGCAGUGAAGAAGCNCCGCCUUUGA